AUGACCACGGUGAUGAUGAUGCGGCGAAAGAAGACAGCUGCACCCAAGAACAACAGCAGCAGCAGCAACGUGUCCUGCUGUUGUGGGGCGUGGCUGUUGGUGGCCGUGCUGGUUGUGAUGGCUGCAGGUGUCGUCGGCACAGUGGAUGCAGCCACCAACAGCACGACCAAUGUCACCACCACAACUGCAGCGCCCACAACCACAACAAGCACGGCCGUGUGGCAAAGUGGACACGACAACGAGUACAACGACCACGACGACAAGUACGACGACCACAACAACUACCACGACGGUAGUUGUGCCACCAGCUUCAACAACGACGACGACGACGACGACUACCACGAGUACUACGACGACCACUACAACGACGAUGUUGCCCGAGGUCCUGUGUUGUUCUUGGUCACACAACUGCUGCUGCAAGGCGUCGUGCCUUCCCAGGUGACCAUCUUCCGUGUUGAAGAAGUGCGUCCCAUAAGACCUGUAGAGCUCGACCAGGCGCUGGUUCACUUUCAAGUGGAGCUGCGGUCCACCCGCAUCAUGGCCACAGCAGCGCGGAUCCAGUCUCCCGCGUUCAUCGACGCAAUCACACAGCUCUCCCUCGUGCAAACAGCAACGGUGGUGAAUGACCCCGAUGUGCAGUCGGACCCGCACGUGUUGUCAACCACGACCACAUCGACAACAGUUUCACAAACCACGCCCGGCUCCAGUGCAUCCACGGGAUCAACCAACGAUAUUGUCAUCCCUGUGAUUGGUGCCGUCGCUGGCGUGAUGGCGGUGCUGGUUGUACUGCUCCUUACCCUUCUACUUUGUCGCGGCCGCUCCUUGGCAAAGGUUGGGCUGGAGGAAGACGGAAACGAGGCCCUUGCCAUGCAGCCACCCCGAGGAACAUCUCGACGGCGGCGGUUGGAUGGCUCCACGUCCCAGCAGCCCAUCCUCGACAGCACCGACGACUAUGAUGGCGGUGGUGGUGGUGGUUAUGGAGCCACCAUGACACACCCCGUCAUCAGUGAAACGCCACUCAUUGCUUUUCCGCAGCCGCCUGCAUCUCCACCUACAACAACUACAACGCCGGCAGCAGCAGCGGCACCUGUACAGCGCGAGCAGCAACAGUCGUCCCUGCAGGCAACGCCAUCAUCCGACAUCAACUUGGCGAUUCUCGCUGGUCUCCUCUCCGAGUCAUACGCAGACUUUGACCCCGCCAAGACGCUGGAGCAGGAAAACGCCAUGGCAGACGAAGAGAUGACGGAGCAAGCGCGUUUGAAACAGGAGACGCAUCGACUCCUGCAGUCAUUCCGUGAAGCCCUCAACCUCUCGCAACAGGACAUCGAGAACGUGGAUGUGCAAGCACUGUGCGUGCGCCUUGCGCGCGAGCGAAGAAUUGCGCUUCCAUCUGCAUCCAUGCGGGCAACGGGACGUCCAGCACAACGGCAACAACAGCAGCAGCAGGAGCUUGCGCCUCAGGAGCUGCAAAAGUUGAAGGAGGAGUACAUGCGAAGCGGGGCGUUGUCUGAGGCGUCGUACGAGCGAUUGGCCAUGCAAGGGUUUUCAAAACGCCAAGUGGACAGGUUCAUUGAGCGAAACGCGCAGUUUAUCCUGGGCAGGUCGCCCCCACCGCCGCUGUCGUCGUCGGAGGCGUCGUCGUCGUCGGGACCAGCCGCAGCUGACCACGUGUAUGGGCGGGUGAACGCUCCCCAACACGUUGCAGCAAGGUAUCAGCAGCAGCAGCAACAACAUCAGCAACAGCAAGCGCAACAGCAGGAGGUACAACAAAGGCAGCAGGCACAGCAACAGCAGGAGCAGGCUGCUGAGGACGUGAAGGAAGAACCGCCGAUGCCUCCGCCGCGAAAGAGCGAUGUGAUCGGCAGCAAAGCGUGGGCGUGGCGACCAGACGGCAAGGACGCGCACGAUCACAGCGCCAUGAUGGCAGAGCUGCAGUCAAAGCAACAGCAGGAACAGUCACACUACGGCGUUGUCACAGCACACCAGCAACAACAGCAACAGCAGCGACUGCAGGAACAGCAAUACGGCGUGGUCACAGCGCAGCCUUCAACAUAUUCAUCGUCGCAACAGCACGCCCCGCAACCGCCGCCGUCAACUGCAGCACCAACGGCCGGCAGUAGCAGCAGCCGACGCAGAGCAUCGCAUUUGCCCUCUUCGACAACGACACAGCAAGACGAUUCCGUGGAUGAUCUUUUGGCGAGUUUGAUAACGCCGGCAGUCAGAAAGAGGCUGCGGAAGAAGUAG